CGUAAAGAAUAUGUAAAUAUUACAUUUUUAUAUAUCGGGUCGAUAACAAUUUGUAUGGUAGAAUUGGCCAAUAAUGCUUUGGUCGAAGGACGCUGUUGCGCGCGAAAAUCGAGAGAUCGAUCGAUCGUUCUGCGUCGCGACCAUCUAACAGUGCGUUUGUCUGCUGCGUGCAUGUGCUGUGGUUGUGUGGUAAUACGUUUCAGUGUAAUGCUUUUGAUUUUCGGGUGAAAAAAUUUCUGAUUUAGCAACGAUUAUGACGAAAUCUGUACCCGACGGAUGGCUCGAUUACAAACCGUACGGAGAAGUUAUAAAGGGCACGAAAAUCUUGCCGUUUAAAGUACCGCUAAAGGAAGCCGUAGUCAACAAUUUAACGCCCGAACAAAGAUUCACGGCGACGAUACUGCUGCAAGCGUUUCCGCGUCUGAAAUGUAUCGUCGAUCUGACGAAUACAGAACGCUACUAUGACAAAAAGGAAUUCACAAAUGUCGGUGUGAAGCAUGAGAAGAUUAUGAUACCUGGGAAGAGGGUACCACCACAAAAUAGCGUUAUGAAAUUCUUUAAAGCGAUGGACGAUUUCAUGGCAAGCGCCGAGGAGGACGAUGUCAUAGGAGUACACUGUACGCAUGGUAUAAACCGCAGUGGGUAUCUUAUUUGUAGGUAUCUCAUUCAACAACAAGGCUGGGAACUACAAGAUUCUUUAAAAGCUUUCGAGGAGGCACGUGGGUACCCGAUUUAUCGUGACGCAUAUGUUGCUGCCUUAAAGGAGAUACCACGUGGUGAGAAGAUCGAUACAAAUAAAAUCAAUCUAUUUAACCCAUCGACCACUCGUAAAGAGAAUUACUCAAUACCAGUAAGAAGAGUGCUCGAUCAGUAUAGAAUAAGACUGAAACAUCCAAAAGGAAGACCAGUGCCAUAUCCAAUGGGUCCACCGCCAGGAUUCAAGCCACAUCGUCGUGGAUUCACGAAUGGAGCGCCCUAUCCACCGCAACCUUUUGGUUUUGGUGCUCCACCACCUGGAUUUGGUUCAAUGCCUCCACAUCCGCCUGGUAUGCCACUUCCACCGCCGCCAGGGCCACCAAUGUAUGGUCCAAGACCUUUGAGAUAUGGACCACCACCGCCCCCACCACCACCACCACCAGCCAUGAGAGCAUCAGGUCCAGGCUUUCAUCCACCAGGCUUUCCACUGCGUUUACCAGGUCUACCAAGAAUGGCUGGUCCACCUAGAUUACCACCUGGUCCGCCAUCUCGAUUACCACCUCCAAAAAUGCCUCCGCCUCCUCCACCACCGCCACCGCAGGUUAGGCAGGCGGUUGUUGUUAAACGACUACAAGCUCACAAAAAGAAACAUCAUAAUCAACAUCAGGAGCAACAGAUCGCUAGAAACGGUAGAAUUAUACCACUUGGGAGUUCGAUGAGGCUAACAAAGCGUGAAGUCAGUACCGCCAGAAGGAUUAGAAAUAUCACUUCAAAAAUUACCAAGGAACAGGACUUUACCGUAGAUACUUUCGAGGAAAACCUUUUGGCUGUCUCAUCGACGAACGCACAUUUGCGACGGCCAUUAAAAGGACGAUACCAUCAGACUAAGUGAUGAUGUGUUAUCUAGGAUGGGGGCGAUUUAUCAUUUAAAAACUUACAAUAUGUUGUGUAAUAAUGUCAUUCGCAUCAGUCGCUCAAUGUGUUGCUCUAAAAUCCCUUAUGGCGACACUUUUAAGAUAGAAGGAAAAAGAAAAUGUGAUUUUUGCGAUCUCACCGUUCUUGCAUUUACGAACGGUAUUCGAAUAGAUGCGAGAGAACGAAGAGAAACGUUUUGAGACGUAAUAAACUUCUAUUUCUCUCGGUCUUAAUUCCUAACACACAUAAAAAUCAAACGAGGGAUCUUUGUUGAUUCUUUAUUCGCCUUGUCGAUUUUCUAGACGUUUAUCUAUUUCAACUAAAAAUCUAUAAACUGUUGUGAAAUAUGUCGUCGUCGUUUUUCCAUCCGAACAACAUGGCUCUCAUUGUUGGGAAAAAUCUAUACUGGAACCUACUACUACUACUACUACUACUAUUACUACUACAACUACUACUACUACUACUACUACUACUACUAUUACUACUACUACUACUACUACCACUACUACUAUUACUACUACUACUAUUACUACUACUACUACUACUACUACUACUACUACUACUACUACUACUACUACUACUACUACUACUACUACUACUAUUACUACUACUACUACUACUACUUUACGUUUAAGACUAUGUUCGACAUUGACAAAUAAACGCACUUUAUUGGUAAGUUCCUUUUUUUUUUUUUUUUUUUUUUUUGUCGACUAUUUAAAAGACGAAAAUUAUAUGUGGAUUACGUGUAUCGUACUAUUAUAAAAUUAUCGUCGAAAGAAAUAGUUUAGAUUAAGGGAUUAGAACCUGACGUCUCUCGUGUCUCGUUCGAAGAUAAUUAAAGUGCUUCAAUAUUCGACCUUGACGGUCAGGGAUCAUGCGUGUAGAUGUGGUGAUAUUGAUCAUAUUUACGAACGCACGUAUCGUAUAUCAUUAAGCGAUUGUACGCGCCUUAAAUGGAAUAAAAUUCCACACGGGGAGAAUUUUCUAGCGUCUUUUUAAAGCUUCUUUUAUAAUUUUCGAAGCUUCUACACGCGUUAUUUUCAACGUUAAGGAAAAAUCCAUAAUGUAAGCUAAGUAGUAACUAUCGACUUUAGUUUCUCCAUUUAAUAAGGAAUCGAACAGAGAAGAAACAGAGAAAAAGAAUAAGAAAAUAAAAAUAAUUUCUCUGAAAUCGUAUGUCGGUCAAAAAUUAUAAUACGAAUACGAUCGACGAUCCUAUAAGGAUUUUAUUUUUUCGAACGGCCUGUUGUAAUGUAUCUCUUUUCAAAGUUCACACAUUAUACGAGUUCUUUCAUAGAU